UACUUUGUCGAGUUCUCGGACGACGACUUCGUUGCGUAGCAGGAUCGUUCCUAAGGCAGCAGCCUGUGGCUUGUUGGUUAUGGAACACCGCUUGAUUAUCUUCAGGACUCUUAGUACCAUUUGGUUCUUGUCUGUACCCAGACUAUUUGGCUAUCUUAUGUAUGAUGUACUGAUGGGAUAUGUUUUCCCUUCUGAGUGUCAUUUGGAUCUUGCUCAUUAGAGCGUUGCUAUAUAUAUGAACCUUAUUUCCAUCUUUUGUGUCAUACAUAGUCAUGUUGUGAUAUUCAAGCUGUAUUCUACCCUUGUACCCUGUGCACAGUGUGUGUAUGUGUGAAGUGCACAGGAAGGUGAAGCACUCAGGCCUGGAAAGCCUACCGUGAGCCUUUGAGGUGGGUGUUGUGUGCAUGGGCGUGUCGAGCUGUUGCUUGGCCUACCCAUAUGCUUGGGAAUGCGAGGCGAUCUCACGGUCCUUUGUAGUGACCUCAUGCACAUAAACCCCUCUUACCUGCGCGCUCUGGGUUUUCCUACUCCUGGGGCUUACAGACUUGGUAUCAGAGCAGGACUGCCUUUAGGAGCCCCUUGCAGCGGACGAAGUUGAGUCUAGAAACUCAUAUUUUAUUAGCUACAUAGGAAAAAAUUGUGCGCGAGAGUAGGAAUUCUGCUUUUAUUUCUUACCCCACCCACCCUCCCUCUGGUAAGGACGUGCAACGGUUUUACUCUAUUCUUAUCUUGUUUCACCUAGGCUUGGACGAGUUGUGGGAAACCAUAGUGCCAUAGGGAAAAGUAUUUUUGAAAAUUUUCUGUACUAUGGUUGCUUCGUUAUCAUCUUUUGACAUUCUCCACAUAUAAUUUGUUCCUUUGACAUGUUGGUAUUUUCAUACUAACAUGUUAUUCUCCUUUGAUCCGAUGCUAUCUCGACCACUUCCUUGUUCCGGAGCCUGCUUCCUUAUCGUUAUUCUUAUGGAACUACCGUAUACUCCACUGUCCUGCGUGUCAAGUAGAUGUUUUAGUUUUUCUAUCCUUGUUUGCGGUCGUAUGGAUCUCUUGUGUACUUGAACCUUGUAUGGUGUACCUUGAUGAAUUCUAUGGAGUGAUGUGUUAUGUGAUCUUAAAUCCUUGUUCUUAUCUGUUGUUUCAACCGUCUUAAUGUUUUCCCUCAACAGGAUGGUUAGACCUCCGCCACCUCCUCCGCUGGGACCAGCCCUGUUGCAAAUGACUCAACUGUUGAGCCAGAUGCAGCAAACCCAACACAACUUCGAUCAAGCUCGUCAUGACAAUGGCCGAGUGAUGAUCCGGGACUUCUUGCAGUUGAACCCGCGAUCGUUCGACUCUACUCCUGAACCGCUGGAUGCAGAUGAUUGGGUGCGCGAUGUCAACCGCAUGCUCAACACAGCGGGAGUCGCUCCAGAAGACAAAGUGCGGUUUGCGACUCACCUACUGAAAGGAGGGUCCGCAGCAUGGUGGGAGAACUUUCUCGAGAUGCGUCCCGCCAAUGCUCCCGAUGUCACAUGGGAAGAAUUCAGGGAAGCUUUCAGAAGCCACCACAUUCCUGAAGGGCUAAUGGACAGGAUGAAGGAGAAAUUCCUUAGUCUUGUUUAGGGCAACAAAGACGUGAUGGCAUACAGCAUCGAGUUCUCAAGGCUAGCUCGCUAUGGUGGUGAAGAAGUGUCUACUGAUGCUAAGAAGCAGAAGAGGUUCCGUAAUGGCCUCAAGCCAGCACUCAAGUACGCGCUCACUCAUGUCUCGAUGGACACCUUUGACAAGCUGGUCAACACUGCUAUCAAGGAAGAGUCGGGUAGGCUUGCGUUCGACGAGUCACGCAAGCAUACUCGAGAGGUUGAUGCUCCUUCAGCGCCGCCUCAGAAGCGAAGGUUGUGGGUUCCUUAUCCCGCACCGCCAGGACAAGCUACACAAGCUGGGUAUGCUCCCCGCCCUCCCACCCCACAGCUACAGCAGAGGACCUACCAACCUCCGCCAAGGCCUGCUUAUGGUGGACCAAGGCCGAUGGGUCCACGUGCCGACCCCACAUGCUACAAGUGUGGUCAGGUUGGGCACAUCUCUACCUUUUGCCCUCAGAAGCUUCCUCCACCACCACCUCGCUCUACUUCGACAAAUGCGAUGGUUCGUGCACCAGCUCAGGGCCGUGCCUUCAACAACAACACCAGGCAUGGUCCGAGGGCUGCUCGCGUCAACAACAUCAACGUUGAGCAAGCUGAACAAGCUACCGACGUCGUGCUUGACGCCGACGCGGAGCAGUACGAGCAGGAGUACGAGUUCCCUCUGGAGGAUCGUGUCGGUUCUUCUACCUCUGAUCUGACAGGCGAGCCCACCCCUUCACCUAUUUUACAUUUACAUGCUCUUUUGAUCUAUUGCUAUCCUUAUAUUGCGAUUCUGUUGUGUCACGUGUCCUAUUCCACAUGUUACCUAUAUGUCCGAGAUACACCUUCUCGCCCUACCUAUUGUUUGUUGUUUGCCAGCUUUGCGAGUCGUAGGCGAGUUUAGGGUUUUUUGUUGAUAUCUCGAAAUGUUCGGGAUAUCUUGUUGGGAUGUUGACACAUGUACUACCUUUUCGAAAAUGAAGUGGAUAACUUUUGCUACAACUUAAAAUUGCUAAGGGAUAAUAAUUUGCAGAGGCAUCUGUGAGCCCCUUUGCGAAAGCAUCGGAACUUUGACUUGCUAAUGUCCCCUAGGAUCCGAGUUCUUGUUAUCUGUUUCUAAGACUGAGCGCGCUAACCACUCGUGGGAGGAUUUAUCGGGACCCCCCAUCACCCAUUACCAUUUCUCAAGUCUGUUGAAAAGGGGGCCACAACCUUGGUUUUAUUUGCCUAUGCCAUGUAUGCCAUGCUUUACUUACUGUUGCCUUCGGGUGUUUACUUCCUGUUGCCUUCGGGUGUUUAUAUUCUGUAUUGUACCCCGCGGGACGUUUAGCGAAGCGUGUGGUUCGCACGCCUAGCCGCCGACGCAAACCCUGAGUCCGCAUCGGAGUACGGCCGAACUUCGUUUCGGGUAGCUUAGUCGGGUGGCCCCCCUAGGCAUUCUUGUUGAUCUGGGAACGGUCUUGUUGUGAGACUCCGCACUUGCUAUGCGGGUUCGAGCAUGCGUGUAUGGUAACAUUGGUGCACCC